AUGUCUAUCAUCUCUCGUCAUCAGCCAAAAGGUCAAACAUACGCUCGCUUCCUCGACUUGGUCAGAUCGGCAGGAUCAUGGACUCAAUCCACACCCAUCACCGCCAAGGGAACCCUGAUCACCCCAGCCACUAACCCUGCCGAAGUCGGCCCUGGCCUAUCCUGGACAGAAAUCAUUCGCAAGUAUCUCAAACACAAUCCUGAUCGAGCUCUGACGGCUGAGAUUGCGGCCACCGAGCUGGCUCUGAGAUUGCUGCUUGCUUCUGCCGAUCAAGAGGCGGCGUACGACCACGACAAAGUUCAUCUUAACGACGAUCUAGAAAAUGGCCAUUCGUUACUACCGCCCCUCGUAAGAGCCGAAGACAGAGAGAUCGCUCAACAACAUGUUGCAAAACUAACGGCAACCCUCGCCAAGCAUAACACAAACGAAGCUGAUCCGAAGUUACAAAGUGAACAAAAUGCUGCAAACAUCGUCAUUUCGUUUGGUUCGUAUGUUGCAGGAGACUAUGAGCAUUGCUUGGAAACGAUCCAGAAAUGUACGUUUGUAGUGCCCGAGACUGUCGAUCUCAACUUUGAGAAAUAUGACGUGAUCCUGUUGGUGAUUGGUCUGACUGUCAAAGCCUUGGCUCAACAGCGCAACGGCGUAGAAUCAUCGGUCACACUAGAAGCUUACAGCCGAGUUAUCGAAGUCUACGACAUUUGUUUGGGCUCUCUGUCCCUUGCUGCUAUGGAUGAGCUGCACCAUGAACUACAUGGAUGGGCUGAACUGGCGAUGUAUCGUGCUUGCGUACUGUCUAGAGUUGUAAUACCAGGUAUAGAUUCUCUGGAAUUACACCGAUGCUACCACAGCCGUUCCAGAUACUGGCCCUUAUCAUUUCGAUUGAAUAAGCGGAGCGCGAUUCAUAAGUCGUACAUCAAACUUUUGUUCAUAACCGCCAGAUCUGAUUCGUGGAAGCCAUUGGCAACCCAACCCACCAAGGAAUACUCCGAAGUUUCGAUUUCUACUCUACACGACGGAGAGUUGAUCACCAUCCGAUCGCCUAGCGUGGCUUGGAGAUCCGAACUCAUAACCGUUGCCAAGUCGUAUAAUGCAGUUCUUCGAGUCAUCACCACGUUUCCGAAAGCGGGCUGCACUAAUCAUCUAAUGCUCGAGUUUUGUGAUCUGCUCUAUGAGGGCUGGCAACUUGGUGGCUCCGACCCUGAAAACGCUUCACACGUCAUCGACAUGUUACACGACGCGACACGCAAGACGUUUCACUCUCAAAAGAUUCUCCGGUACCUCGUUCGAUUGUUGGAUGUCAAACACGACUGGGAGGAGGCCGAAGCGGCUUUGGAUCUCUAUUGUCAAUUACACCUCACGGCUAGCGCCAACGGCAACUACGAAUCUUCAGAACUCGAAAAUCCUCGCCCGUUAGUAUCGGGUGAAGCCAUGCUUAAUGGUGCCCAGACUUCGCAAAAUCAACCAAAUACAAGGGCUAUUGUGCCCAACAGAGAUACGGACGAAGAAUUCAUCACAACUAUGGUCUAUGGAAGCCGGAUGUUGAUCAAAUUUCUCAAUAACCCCGAGAAAGCCACUAAGAUUUUGGAUCGUGCCAACCAGAUUAUGGAAAGCACAAAAUCGGAGGCAGUACGAAACAAUGCCUGCUUGAAAUCUCGUCUGGCCAGGAUGAGGGGCAUUGCUGCUGGUGCCUGUGCUCUGAAAGCCGAUCAGGAGACACGCCCUGCCUUACACGCAUCUUACCUAGAGCUGCUGACCCGGGCGGCUGAAAACGAUCCCAGCUCGUUCGAGAAUAUGUAUCAUUUGGCUUACGCCCAGGCUGAAUUACGCGAUAUCGAUUCCGCUUUGGUAUCUGCGCGCACCGCAGUUGAAAUUAAUCCUACUCAUACCAGUGCAUGGCAUCUGUUAUGCUUACUAACCUCUGCCUCAAAGGAAUUCAAACUGGCACUCGAUAUCGCCGAAGUUGGCCUGGUAAAUACAGAAGAUCUUGAUGAAGGUGAAUCUGGGACGAGAACACCAAGGGCUGGCUCUUCGAGUGUCAGCCGAGACUCGAGCUUUCCUGGAACACAAUUGACCGAUGAGAGCCCAGUGAGCUCAACCGAGAUAUCGGCCACCAGCAAUGCCAAGCCACCCGCGGUGGGACUAAUCGCCGAGCGAGAGUCUGGGCCACCUCCACAAAUCACGCAGGCUGUCGAAGGACAUUUGGCAGUACCGGCCGUAUUAAAUCGUUCUAGCCGAGACACAUCACUCACUCCAAGUGCCUCCCACUACAGCCAAAACAAACUCGAAUUUCCGGUGCCUAAAGCUGAUAAUCUCGAGGCUAAUAUCCAGUUAAGGAUGACGAAAAAUAUGCUCAUCGAGGCCCUCCAGGGUCCCGAAGUUGCACUAUCUGAUCAACAAAGCCUCUUUGCAUUCUUUGCUCAGAUUUACUCGCAAAUUCACACCCAAGAUCUCCUUCAAAUGACUCAUUUACAGUCGAAUUCACAUUCCCAAUCACAUUCGCAAGCUACCUCCCAAUCUCAGCCACUAUCUCAAUCCAGGUCGACUGGCGCUUCAUCCUCCUUUGUCCAUGAAAGAAACUUGUCCGCCUCUCCAUCAACAGCCCGGUCAGUCAUCCGCACAUCUCGGUUGAAAGUCAGAAAGCCAACAUUUGAUCUCAAGGUAUCUAAUUCAAUCCGACGCCGAACCCACACUUCGUCCUCAACUCACAUGCAGAAACAACGAUCCACCUCAGGAGCUAAUGAUCUGGCAGCUCUUACGCAAGAGAUGGCUGACAUCGUGAUCAAAGAAGAGGAGAAGAAAGAAAACGUUGCGAAUCUAAAGUCGUUGAAGAUCCUGCAAGAUUUAUGGCUAAUGUCAGCGGCGACGUUCCGACGAUGGGGCAAGAACAGUGAAUGUCGAGGGGCGAUCCAAGAAGCGGAGACGUUGAAUGGGGAGAGUGCGGAGCUCUGGGUGCAGUACGGGUUGUACAGUCUGUCGAUGAGCGAGUUGAGCCAAGCGAUCGAUUGUCUGACGAAGGCGCUUGCCUUCUGCGACCACCACGUGUCCGCGGUCGUCCAUAUGGCCCGGAUCCUCAAGGAGCAGGGCUCCGUCGAGCUCGCCGAGGGCCUCCUAGACCAGCUCACCCAGACCGUCGCCUGGGAUGUCCCCGAGGCCUGGUACCUGCUCUCAGAGAUCUGUCUCGCUACUGGCCGCCUCAAACGCGGCAAAGAGUCCUUGCUCUUCUCCCUCAGCUUGGAGGAAACUAAACCUCUUAGACCGUUGAGGCUUUGCUUGCCCGCCUGUUUGUAA